AUGACAACAAAUCCAUUGCCAAUUCUUGUGCUUGAUAAUGGUUCAGGAUUGAGCAAAGCAGGCUUUUCGGGAGAAGAUGCUCCUCGUUCUGUGUUUCCAACAGUGAUAGGAAGACAACUUCUCAACAAAAAGAACGUUAGAUGUAUUGAUGCCUUUGUUGGAGAGGAGGCAAUAAAGAGAGAUCUCUCCUCUGUAAAAAAGUAUCCGAUUGAGAGAGGAAUUAUAAAGAAUUUUGAUGAUAUGGAAGUGAUUUGGAAUCAUACAUUUUGUAAUGAAUUGAAGGUUAAUUCGGAAAAUUGUUGUGUAAUGUUGAGUGAAGUUUGUUUGAAUCCAAAGGAGAAGCGUGAAAAGAUGACUGAAAUAUUGUUCGAAACUUUUAAUGUUUCCGCUCUUUAUUGUUUAAUGCAGUCAGUUUUGUCUCUGUAUGCGUCUGGAAGAGUUACUGGACUAGUGAUUGAUUUAGGUGAUGGUGUUUCACAUACUGUCCCAGUUUAUGAGGGAUAUGCUUUUUUAUUAUCAAGUUCAAGAUUGGAUUUAGCUGGAAGAAAUUUGACAGAUUACUUAACUACAUUAUUAUUGGAAUCAGGGCAUAAUUUUAGUUCUUCAAUUGGAAAUUCUAAUAUUUCAGGACAUGAAAUUGUAAGGAAUAUUAAGGAAAAGUUAUGUUAUAUUGCUUUGGAUUUCGAUGAAGAAUCAAAGAAAUCAAUUUCAUAUGAAUUACCAGAUGGCAGCAAAAUAACAGUUGGAAAUGAGCGCGAGAUGGAAUUCAUAAGCUGGCUGCUAGACAUUGAUUUGAGAGGAGAAUUAUAUUCGAAUAUUUUACUUUCGGGGGGAUCAUUCAUGCUCGAAGGAUUAUCUGAAAGACUACACAAAGAACUGACAACCUUAGUACCCAUCUCUACCAACAUUAAUAUUAUUUCUCCUCCAGAGAGAAAGCAUUCAGCAUGGAUUGGUGGAAGCUUACUCUUCCUUUCCAACAUUUCAGAGUAUGUGGAUAAGAAAAUACGACUAUGA